GUGAAUCAAGAAAUCAGAAGUAAUUUUCAAGAUCAUCCCUUUCAUCUGGUAUCUCCUUCUCCUUGACCAUUUUUUACUAGUUUAUCUUUAUUAUCUUUAACUACACAUGCUUCACUAAGUAUACAUAAUUUUAGUAAUGCUUAUUAUUUCUUUUAUAUAAGUUUAUUUUUAGUUGUAGCUUCAAUGUUUUUAUGAUUCCGUGAUGUUAUAAGUGAAGCUACAUUUUUAGGUGAUCAUUCAUUAGCUGUACAAAGAGGAUUAAAUUUAGGUGUUAUGUUAUUUAUAGUAUCUGAAGCAUUAUUUUUCUUAGCUAUAUUUUGAGCUUUUUUCCAUAGUGCCUUAUCACCUACUCCUGAAUUAGGUGCUCAAUGACCACCUUUAGGUAUAGAACCUAUUAAUCCUUUUGAAUUACCAUUACUUAAUACAGUUAUAUUAUUAGCUAGUGGAUCUACAAUUACAUAUUCUCAUCAUGCUUUAAUAAAUGGUAAUAGAAAAGCUGCUAUAUUAGGAGGUAUAUUUACUGUUAUUUUAGCUAUAGUAUUUACUUUCUUUCAAGGGGUAGAAUAUAGUGAAUCUUCUUUUACUAUAAGUGAUGGUGCAUAUGGUACAUGUUUCUUUUUUGGAACAGGAUUUCACGGAUUUCAUGUUAUAAUAGGUACAAUUUUUAUAUUUGUAGCUUUAUGAAGAAUAAUUCGUUACCAUUUAACUGAAAAUCAUCAUGUAGGACUUGAAGGUUCUAUUGCUUAUUGACAUUUUGUUGAUUUAAUAUGACUUUUUCUAUAUUUGUCCAUUUAUUACUGGGGUUCAUAA